AUGUGUAGUGUAUAGCUGGAUAGAUAACUUCUUCUUUAUUAAUGUAUAUGUAUACACAUGGAAAAAAUGUGUAUGGAUUACUAAAUUCAUUAUGAAUCAAAUAUACACUUCUUUAUUACCAAUGAUGAAAGAUUUACUUAAAAAAGAAAAAUAAAUUUGAAAUGUGUUCAAUAUUACAAAGGCAAAAUCACAUACUAUCAUGGCAGUCAUGUCAGUCUCUAGUGUAAUAAACGUGCAGUUAAAGGUUCCAAAAGGCCACUUCACCAUCGAAAAAAAAUUUAGGAGGGGUUGUCAAGAAGCCAGAGACAGGAAAAGGUGGGUAUGGUAACUAGCAAUUACUUCAAUUUUUAUCGCUAGCACGAUAGAAAUUAUGAUGGACAACUUUUCUAUUCAUAAACACGUUGACAUUCGAAAGUAUACUGAAGCUCAUGGUUACGGUUGUUUUUGGUCUGUUUUCAAGAGUAAAGUCAAGAGGGAAAUACUACUUGAAGAAGAAACAUUGUCUGAGAAUAUCAGAGAAGCUUACAACAGUGUGCUCGUAAGCGACCUCCAAGGAUUUUGCAGGCAUUCAUUGUCAAGAUUUGAAGACUGUUCAAAUAAUGAUUUGUCAAUGCAUCAAUUUUUAUUUGGUUAGUUUUUUUUUUAAAAAAAA